GACGUGAAAUGGGUAUGUUUAGCAAACAUAACCAUACUUUUAACGUUACUGUUCACAAAAAUGUCCAAAAUUAUAGCCCAUGAUAUUAACGAAAAGGUACGAUCAGCAGAUGUCCUCACACAAAAUGACUGUACUUUUGAUUUCUUACUACUCUCCAAACCUGUCCUGCAAGCGCUAAACGAAGCCGGAUUUUACAAACCGUCUCCGAUUCAACUGAAAGCGAUUCCUCCAGGCAAAUGUGGAUUAGAUUUGAUACUGCAGUCCAAGUCGGGCACUGGAAAAACUCUUAUAUUCGCAAUAAUCGCACUUGAAAUGAUACAAACCGCAAUCGACCAUCCACAAGUCCUAAUCAUCGCCCCAACACGAGAAAUCGCGGACCAAAUUUGCAGUGUGAUCACAGCUAUUGGCAGACAUAUACCCGAUUUGAGUGUCGGUUUAUUUAUAGGCGGACUGCCUUACAAAGAAGAUGUGCAACGGUUAAAGAAGUGUCACAUUGCAGUAGGAGCCCCCGGACGGAUAAAGCAUCUAAUAGAAGCGAAAGAACUCAAUGUGAACUUUGUGAAACUGUUCGUACUCGAUGAAGCUGAUAAAUUAAUGGAGGAAGACUUUCAGAAUGCCAUUAACUAUUGUUACCACAUGCUCCCCGAGCGAAAACAGUUUCUGGCGACUAGUGCUACUGUACCGGCCGAAUUGAAGACGUUCUUAGAGCGUUACAUGAACUCUCCUACAUUUAUAUCGCUCGAAGUGAAUAGCCCCCUCCUUUUAGGAUUGCGUCAAUUUGUGUCGGUGUUACCAAACAGGAGCAAUGUAGUUCAGCAGACUAACGCCAAGACUGAUGAUGUGUGUAGAAUAUUGUCGAAAGUGAGCUUUACUCAGUGUAUCAUUUUUUGCAAUUAUCAACAAAGAGCGGAAACUGUGAGCAAUAUAAUUAAUCAAAGGGGUUGGAAGUCGAUUUUUAUUGGCGGUUCUCAGUCUCAAGAGACCCGCCUGAAGGUAAUGCAUAUGUUGAAGAAUUUGGAAUGUAACAUUUUGUUGGCGACCAAUCUAAUUGCGCGAGGAAUUGAUCUGUCGAAUGUGGAUCUUGUUAUUAAUUACGAUAUUCCUAGUGACACUGCAACUUACCUGCAUCGUGUUGGUCGAACGGGGCGGUACGGUUCUGUAGGUGUGUGUGUUUCGCUCGUUGCAUGUGACAAAGAUCUGCUUGACCUGCAGUAUAUUCUUGGCGAUAUUGGUGGUGUCGAGUUGGGCAUUGCUAAGCUCCCCAUUGAAUUGGACCAAGCGGUGUGGGAGGAGGAGUUGAGUUCCUUUGAGCAAAUUUACGGUUUGGUUGAUCCCCAAAGGGAAAAGGUGGAUUGGAAUUUUCUCGAAUCGACGACGAAGCUUCACAAGGGGCGCAAAAAGAAGAAGAAAACUUCAAUUUCGCAACCAGCUGUGGAGGUUGAAAGUGCGAAGGAGGCAGAUUUUGAUGGCGUAAGUACUGAUGACCUACUGAAAAGCUUGGCCAAAGGUUUAAGAAUUGAGCCACCAGCUACCCUACCAAGUGUUGACAAACCUGCAGACACAGAACCCGUUCCUGAACAAUCUACAAAGAAGGCCAAACAUAAUGAGCACUUACCCCAAGCAACUUUUCCCAAUCACCCCAUUGAGGACCCAUAUGUUGGAAUCAGUACAGCUGACCUACUGCAACAAUUCGCACAGGGAAAGAAAAUUGAGCCUACUGUAGCUACCGAAGAAUUGGUAAACCCGGCCUCUCUGUACCCUUGGGUACCUGUGGAGGAAUCGGUUUUAUCAAAAAAUGCAAAUGGCCUCAACUUGCUUGAUUCUGACAAUUCAGUUUGUAGUGACCAAGAGGUGGACAUCUCGAAUGAAAUGUUGAACAAAAAGGUUACUUUAACCAAAAAUCUUGCACUUUAUCACACUGCAAACUUGAUCAAGAAAUGUGAAAAUUUGGAUUUUUCCGUUACAAAAGAGGCGGUUCAGUCGAUACGGGAUUAUUUCAACGUUUGUGAGGAGAAAACAAGUGACCGGCUAUCAAAGUUAGAUGCUGCCACCAAAGAUGUUCCUACUGAGAAUUUACUGGAGCAAAUGUCUUACUACAGCAACAAAUUUAAGGCAGACAGCCUCGAAGACGUCCCCACAGAAAACAUUUGCAAGGUCGCGUAUGAGCACAUACUUGGAGGAACCAAGGAUUGGCGCAAUCUCGUAGAUGACAGCUACAAAAAGAAAAAAGAGCCUUCACCACCCGUAGAAACUGAAAUAGAUUUGGUAAACGCAACUGCACCAUACGAUUCAGAUCACCAAUGCAACACCAUUGCAUGGUACCAGGACAUGUAUGGGCAUUAUUAUGAUUAUUAUGAAAAUCUUCUAACUGAAAAUGCAUCGACGUUUGAAGAUGUACCAAGUUUUCGCGGCUGGUUUCACCAGUGGCAGUCUCAACUGAAGUCUGUUACAAGUUACGUUCAGCAGCAUAUUUACUUACAGGAAAUGAACAAUUUUCAAUUUAAUAAUUAUCAGAAUUACUAGCUUUUAGUUUAUAAUUUAUUGUAACAUUAUAAUAAUACACAUUACAACAGUG